AUUCAUUUUUAAUUAAGCAGGUAGAUUGGUUACAGCGAGUGUACUUACGCUGCUCAAACAAAAAUUCAAGGCAAAUUGAACCUAUUGAAUAUGGGAUAUUAAAAACCAACUGAAAAAACAUCUUGGAGGAAAGUGAAAAUAUAUGAUACAGAAUGGCAUCCCAAGGCUGUAUUGAUCUCAUCAAAUAUUUCCUAUUCCUUUUCAAUCUCCUUUUUGCUUGUGUGGGCGCCCUCCUUCUGUCACUUGGGAUAUGGAUAGUCCUUGCUGAGACAAGCUUCUUCAUGCCUGCCCCUCCCUAUAUGUCUUUUCCUGUCUUCUCCUAUUUUCUGGUCAUUGGUGGAAGUGCUACGAUGUCGUUGGGCUUCAUUGGGUGUCUGGGUGCAUUGAAGGAGGUGAAAUGCAUGUUAGGAAUGUAUUUCUUCCUGCUCUCCAUCCUUCUUGCUGCUCAGAUUGUGGGAGCGGUUCUGCUCUUCACUCAGAGGACUUCAUUUGAAAGCAAAGUCGAAGAGCAUGUCCUUCAUCUCAUUGCAUCAUUUGGCAAGAAUGAGUCCAACUAUCUGAACUUGGAGAAGACUCUGGACUACGUUCAGCAGGAGAUUCAUUGUUGUGGAUGGACAGGACCAAAGAUCUGGGUGGAGGCACCCUGCUCCUGUUACCACCCCAUCAAUAACACCCAGAAUGCCUCCAAUUCUUAUGAAAUGUGUGACUGCAAUGACAUCCGGCCUUUUUCAAAUUACACAGCGUGUGACAUCUAUCAAAAAGGGUGCAGAGAGAGUAUUAGAGAGUGGUUGGACGAGAAUAUGCUCAUUAUUUUUGCGGUGCUACUUGCUGUGAUGGCGGUGGAGCUAUGUGGUAUGACCCUUUCGAUGUGUCUGUAUAGAUGGACCAGCCUGGAUUACAGCAUGCUGAUGCAAUACUCAUAAAGUAGGACAGAGCAUAAACAUCUGUGAAUGAUAUAAUUGGUGUUUCUAUGUUUAUAAAGUGAAAUAAGAAAUAGAUAGUUGCAUUAUUCAUUGUUCAAAUUUGUGUGUACUUUAAUGAAUCGAUUGCUGUAAUGUAACUCCUUCAGUCUUGCUCAUUUCUUCAUAACUUUAUUUUUUGUAUUGAUACAUUACAUUGCUGUGUCUAUUACUACUAUUUCAUAACCAUAAGUGCUUCAAGACAACCAAGUACGCACAUUUACUUCGGUUAAUGUGCUUUUGUAGUUUAUAGCUAAAUUCAUCACAGAUUAUAGAAGCUUCAAAUCAUGCCUCAGUGGUAGUAGUAUUGACGGCAGACAAUGAUGGUAGAAGUAGUAAAGGAUUUAAUGGUGUUUUCAUAGGCUAUGUGUUAGCUAUAGUGACAUGUUUUGGGCUGGUUUGUAAGUACUAUAUCAUCAUAAGCCAUAGAAUGUUUAUAAAGCUCUCAAAAUUUGGAACAUUCUGAAUGUUUGUGGCAGUGAUUUCAGUUCAGAAUGUUGAAGAUUGCAUUCCGCCAUUAAAAUAUAUGGGAUACAACAAGCUUUAUAGUUUAUGGAAUAUGAAUGGUAGCAAAAAGCUGUGUUGAAUCAAUUUUAGUUUAAUCAGUCUCCACAUUUCAACGUUGGGUUUGUGUUUGUAGCUUUGAAGCCUAUAGAGAUUUAAACACAUUUAAUAUGGUUAUCGUUCAAAAAGUACAAUCCUAUCAAAAAUCAUUUGAAAAACAUAAUAAGUUGAGUUAGUCUGCACAUGUUAACGUUGGGUUGGUGUUAGUAUCUGAAAUGGAUCAAGAGCAGUGUUGAAUCCACAUUUUGCCUUAGAAGUAUAUGGAGCUUUUAUGCUAGUUUAAAAUGGUUAUAUUUCAAAAGUACAAAUAGCAUCACAAUCUUUUGACAAGCAAUCUAUGUUGAGUCAAUUUGAACAUGCCAACAUUGGCUUGGUGUUUGUAGAUUUAACUGUUCAAGAGAAUUAGUGAAUCCAAAUACUCCCCAUUCAAGCCUAUGGGGCUUUUAUGGACAUUUAAAAUGGUUCUAGUUAAAAAAGUAUCAAUGGUAUCAAAAAGCUUAAUACAAGCACACUAUUUUACACCGGUCUGUACGUUUUUCAUGCAGUCAAAUGACCUAGUGGCUUCAUGGGUGGAAUGUUAUUCAUAGUUUUCAUCAUUUCAUAAUUAAUAAACAUUGUUUUUUUGAAGA